UCCCAGCAUGGCGGCCGCCGGGGCCUCCGGACCGGUUGCUCCCGCCACUGUGGCCGCCCGGAUGCUGGGGGUCCUGUGGCUCGUGUCCGUCACCGCGGGGUCUGGGGGCGCCGCCGCCGCCGCCGGGAGCGAGGACACGCUCAAGUGCGAGGACCUCAGAGUGGGACAAUAUAUUUGUAAAGAUCCAAAAAUAAAUGAUGCUACACAAGAACCAGUUAACUGUACAAACUACACAGCUCAUGUUCCAUGUUUUCCAGCACCCAACAUAACUUGUAAGGAUUUUGGUGGCAAUGAAACACAUUUUACUGGAAACGAAGUUGGUUUUCUGAAGCCCAUAUCUUGCCGAAAUGUAAAUGGCUAUUCAUACAAAGUGGCAGUUGCACUGUCUCUUUUUCUUGGCUGGUUGGGAGCAGAUCGAUUUUACCUUGGAUACCCUGCCUUGGGUUUGUUGAAGUUUUGCACUGUGGGCUUUUGUGGAAUUGGGAGCCUAAUUGAUUUCAUUCUUAUUGCAAUGCAGAUUGUUGGACCUUCAGAUGGAAGUAGUUACAUUAUAGAUUAUUAUGGAACCAGACUUACAAGACUGAGUAUUACUAAUGAGACAUUUAGAAAAACGCAGUUAUAUCCAUAAAUGUUUUCUAAAAGAAACGGAUUUGGGCCUCCUUGAUUUUAAUAGAGAACUCUCAGUAUGUGGAUUUCCGGAUUUUCCUUUUUCCUUCUUCACGUACCACUUUAUGGAUUCUAUAUAAUUUUUUGUCAUUGUUGAUGUUCUUCUUCUGUUGUUUUAGUUAAAAGCAUGUUAUUCUGAGAUUUAUUUAAUAGGACUUUCUUGAGAUCUGUAUGAUAGUGGAGUCUCUCUUAGGCUACUGUCUCUAUGAGAUAGACAGCUUAUUACCUCCGUAUUCUUUAAUGUCUUUUCCAAAGACAGUUGCCACUUGUCAUUUAUGCUUCUGAAAAAUAAAAGUAUGACUUACUCACA